UCUGAGAGCCACAGCUGGAACACUGGAUGAAGCUCGUUCAGCGGCUGAGCUGUGACCCUGUCUCCGGUGGAUCUCACAGGAAACACCGGUGAAUCACCCGGAAUUAACCCGGUCUCAGACCCUCCGACCCCGCUGCAGAUCAGUCUGUGAGGCCGGUACCGGGACGACACAAUGUGGGGCUUCUGCAGCAGAUUCGCGGUGAAGGCGGGGAUAUCCAAACCCUGCAGCUUAGUGAAGCCCAGUCACCUGGUGAAGCCUGUGUCAGCCGCCCGGGUCUCUGGCCGGUACCUCAGCCACCAGCAGGGCCUGCCCCCCCUGCCUGUCCCCCCGCUGCAGCAGACCUGCGAGCGCUACCUCACUGCACUGGAGCCCAUCGUGGAGGAGGAGGAGCUGAAGCGCACCAAAGAGCUGCUGCAGGAGUUUCAGAAAGCAGGGGGGGUGGGAGAGAGACUGCAGAGAGGCCUGGAGAAGAGAGCACACAACACUGACAACUGGUUGUCGGAGUGGUGGGUGCAGCUGGCCUAUCUCGAGUACCGGUUGCCUGUGGUGGUGCAUUCAAGUCCCGGACUGGUCUUACCUCGCAUGAACUUCAGUGAUAAACAAGGACAAAUAAGGUUUGCGGCCAAACUGAUCGCAGGUGUUUUAGACUUUAAGACGAUGAUUGACAAUGAGACGCUACCUGUAGAAUACCUGGGAGGACGGCCGCUGUGCAUGAAUCAGUACUAUGAGGUUCUGUCGUCCUGUCGUAUCCCUGGUCUGAAGAGAGACUCGGUGGUGAACCACGCCAAGAGCUCGCCCCCCCCGCGACACAUUACUGUAGUGCACAACUUUCAGUUCUUUGCGCUGGACGUGUACGACCGUGACGGGACUCCACUGACAGUGGAUCAGAUCUGCGUUCAGCUGGAGAGGAUCUGCAGCUCCUCCCUACAGACCAACGAGGAGCCUGUGGGCAUCCUGACCACGCAGCAUCGGGACUCCUGGGGCAAGGCGUACGUCAACCUCAUCAGGGAUAAGACCAACAAAGAAUCGGUGUCAACGAUCCAGAGAAGCAUCUUCGUUGUGUGUUUGGACGGAGCGAUGCCUGAAGUGUCUGACGGGACGUACCGCAGCUCGGCCGCUGUCCAGAUGCUGCACGGAGGAGGCAGCAAGGGGAACAGCGCCAACCGCUGGUUUGACAAGACACUGCAGUUCAUUAUCGGAGAAGACGGGACAUGUGGAGCAAACUACGAGCACGCCCCAGCCGAAGGACCGCCUAUUGUGGCCUUGAUUGACCAUGUUGUCGAAUACACGAGGAAGACGGAGGUGGUGCAGCCUCCCAAGCUGCCGCUGCCCGUUCCGCAGAAACUCCACUUCAACAUCACACCUGAGGUCAAGAAGGACAUCGAGGAGGCCGAGCAGAGUAUGAACACUCUGGCUAAAGACCUCGAUAUGAAGGUUGUAGUUUUCGGCCACUUUGGUAAAAAUGUCCCAAAGAGCCAGAAGAUGAGUCCUGAUGCCUUCAUACAGAUCGCUCUGCAGCUCGCCUACUACAGGAUGCAUCAGCGCUGCUGUGCCACAUAUGAAAGUGCCUCCCUGCGUAUGUUCCGACUGGGACGGACAGAUACCAUCAGAUCCGCCUCCACCGCCUCAGCUGCCUUCGUCAAAGCUGUGGACGACCCCAGCAGACAGAACACAGAGAAGGUGGAUCUGAUGGAGAAAGCUGUGAAAGCUCACAGGUGGUACACCAGCAUGGCGGUCAGUGGUCAGGCUAUAGACCGACACCUCCUGGGCCUGAAGAUGCAGGCGGUCGAUGAACAACUCUCCAUCCCUGAGCUCUUUAAAGACGCUUCCUACGCUAAAGCAUUAAACUACCAGCUGUCUACAAGUCAGGUUCCGUCCAAGACGGACUGCGUCAUGUGCUUCGGUCCGGUGGUGACCAGCGGGUACGGCGUCUGCUACAACCCCAUGGACGACCACAUCAACUUCUCUGUGUCGGCCUUCAACGCCUGCGAGGACACGGACGCAGGGCGACUGGCUCGGGCGCUGGAGGACGCGCUGCUGGACAUGAGGACUCUGCUGGAACGAACUCCACGAGCCAAACUGUGAACCUCACCCACCUUAAAGAAUCGGUUAUGACUCAUGGUGUAAAACUGCUGCAGCUCCACAGUGAACAUGGCUGUUGACUGUUCUGAUGUGAUUGUAAGUGACUCAUCAGAGGUGCUAUGGAACAGAACCACAGACGCAGUGAUGGGUUGAAUACACGCUGUGUUAAUUCAUCCAGGAUCUCUUCACACUUUAGGAAACAAACUGAUUCACUGAUUUUACCGAAUAUUUAUCUACCUUGAGAAUCCAACCUGGAAGCUAGACGUGUGAGAAGUGAAGUCAGCUCCUUUUUAAGUACAAAUAUCGUUUUUGUUUAAAUCACAUGUUAGCAAUCUAAUUCUCAGAGGCUGUGAACUCUGGUGAACUCUAUAUUUUCCGUGACACUGACAAUCUGUGGCAUCAUCUGGUCGCUACGUAAAUACCAUACAACUUUCCUCGGUCCAGACAAAUCAUUUUAGUUUCACGAUGUUUAAUUGCUCAGACAAUUCCACUGUGUGCUGUAUAGUUAUCUUCUCUGUGCAUUAAUCAGAAGUGUAGAAGUGAUUUGAGUCCCUGUUUGAAGCCGUGUUCUCUUCUUCCAGCCGGGGUCACUAACCCUAACCCUAACAUUUUGAAAGAUUGACUUGUUUUUGCCAGUUAGUCAUAACAAUGCUAACGAAGACAUAUAAUUAUUAUAAAGUCAGAAUUGAAAUGAAUUAUUAUGAAGGAUCAUUAAAUAGGAUAGUUAAUAACAGAGAUCAUGUAAAUGAGAGCGAGGAGAUGAUUGUUCAACACAUUUAAAGACAUUUAAAACAC